AUGUCCCCUCUCAGAGGAUACAUUACAUCAUAUCCGCCACGCGUGCGCCAGUAUGGGAACGCGUUGCUGACACCUGUCUACCCGGUACAGACCGGCCCGACGCCGCGGACGACAAAACGCGGUACCACGGCGAUCAAUUAUGCUGAAGACGGAUACGAUGAUGAUGAUUUUGAAGAGAGUGAGGGUCCCCGCCGGCCCACUGGGCUGAGGAGUCUGCGGCGCGAGGAGUCGACUGGCGGCAUGUUGUCGUCGUCGGAGAAGUUGGGCAAGGAAGCGCAUGCGCCUGUCGAGGUGCAGGGUGUGUUUCGCGAAUGGAUGAUCAAACGAAUGUUGCGACCCGCAUGUGCGGACCAACUCCAGAUUCAAGCGCAGCUCCCUCUAACACUCGUUCCGAUUCGAAUUGACGUGGAAGUCCCCGCGCAUCAGCCCCUUGAGCCCUUUCCCUUCCCCCGCGCCGUCAUGGAUCAAGCGAUCAACCCAACCCUUCCUGCAUACCGGAGGCCAGAGCCAUUACCUCCAUUCAGAAUCAAGGACACCUUUCUUUGGAACCUCCAUGAAGCCCUUGCUACACCAGAGGAGUUUGCCAUUGGAUUUGUCCGUGACCUUGAUCUCCCGAACCCACAGGCGACGACUAUGACUAUUAGCAAUCAAAUUCGCCAACAACUCGAAGAGUACGCGGGUGUGGCUCUUCAUCCUCUGUUCCAGAGUAGCCAGCCAAUUCCUGCGCCGAGUCUGGGCCCGCAGACAGACGCUUCCCGGGACGCAUCUAUGACUCCGGCUGCGACAAAUUUCGAUACGCCGGAUAGUCGGGGCAUUGGGGCAACAGUAACAGUGACAAAAGAAGCGCUUGUUAACGACAGCCUUCUGAACCCGGACGAUGCGUACCGAUGCUUGAUCAACCUUAACAUCAAUCUUCAAAACAAGCUCUACACCGACAAGUUCGAAUGGUCUCUGCUUCACCCGCCAGGCAUGGCCGAGGAAUUUGCCCAAAUCACCUGCGCUGACUUGCAUCUCGGCGGUGAAUGGGUGAGCGCGAUCUCACAUGGAAUCUACGAGGCCGUUUUGAAGCUCAAGAAGGAGGUUUGCGAGAGCGGCGGUCUAGUGAGCGGGAUCAACGGCUAUGGGAAUGAAAUUGACAACCAAGCCGCCAACGGCGUCGAGGCUGGUUGGCGUUACGACCCUGAGACCCUCGGUGAUGAGUGGCAGCCGCAAGUCGAGACUUUGUCUAAGGAAGAGAUCGAGAGGAGGGAGGGUGACCGCGAGCGGCAAAUUAGGCGUCUACGACGGGAGACUGCUCGAUUCUCUUCCACCGCGGGUAUUACGCCGGAGGUCUCUCGUCAAAGCAGUGGUGGCUACUUUGACGUCGAUAGUGAGACGCCUUUGGGCCGGGGAGAGCGAAAUAAGCGGAAGCGUCGCUUCCGCAGUCUUAGUCCUUUGGGUAGAAGCACUCCUGGUGGCCGAGGUACCCCAGAAACGGGCUCAGGUGCCGGGUAUGGUGGCGGAGGUGGUACUCUUACAGAUUGGGAACGGCAAAGCUGGCGAUGCAGCAAUUGUAUGGUCUGGGGUACAGCAGUCUGGGCAGUACGAGACGGACCGGAUGGCCCACGGACGCUCUGCCACAACUGUGGUUUCCUCUACGAGCGAGACAAGACCACUCCGGAGUGGUCAAGGGACCUCCACCGCCACGAUAUCCCCGUCGGUCGGUUUGCCUAG